GCUGGAUUCGCUUAGCUGCUCUGCAAGGAUUCGGAGCCACUUCAGCCGCGUUUGAAAAGGGCCACUGAAAAGUCAGGAAAGGUUGAAAUCGGAUUUUCCACGGAUUCCUACUUGCAACGUCAAAUAAUAUCGGGAAACAUCGCCACCAAACAAGUAUGAGGAUAUUAUUGUGGAGAAGCAAUUAACCCCUCCCCAAACACAAGGCGCCCGGGGAAAGGUGAGGCCGGAAGGCAAGGAAGCCCUUUGGAGGAGAGCGGUCUGGGGAGCGGCUGCAGGUGGGGUCCCAGCCCCCGAGCUUCAGUACCGGCGGGGAUGGACAGCGUCUCCAGCCUGGGCUGCAGCCACCGGGACCGAACUGCGCCGCCGCGGCCCCUGCUGCUGUCCUUGCCUCCGCCAGCAGCGGGGCUGCCCGCUCCUCGCAUGUAAAAGGCGGCGCCUCCCCAUAACCCCUCGUCCCCCCCUCUCCAUCUAAGUAGAGGAAAAACAACAACGCUUCUUACCCACCGGCUACAGCGACCAUUCGGGGCUCGGAGGAGUGCUCUUGUUGCACAGAUUCAACUCUCGGCAGCAACUUCAAAAAUAAUUUUCCGUGGGGGCCUGGGAGACAUGCACACAGAGGAGUGAAGUCCAAGUUCUUUGAGGCUCUGGGAAGUCAUGGGCUCUGCAGCGAGGAUCGAGGUGCUCAAAGGCCCCCACUUUUUGGAAUAAACAAUGCUCACCAGAGGAGGCCCCUGUUUUUGGAUAUACUGGUAGCUUUGUGAGAGGAGGUUCCAGAACUAUUCAGAAUCCUACGUUAGAGAAACGAACAGGCAUCUAAUUCUUUCAGUGGGCAGACAAUUCUCCAAAAUGUUGUGAUUGCCAGAGGAGUGACUUCUGAUAAAAGAAAAAUACUGCUCUACCUACACUCAAACUGAGUCCUUUGCGGUGCCAUAGCACAUGGAUUUCAGGACUGCCUGUGAGGAGACAAAGACAGGGAUUUGUCUGCUGCAGGAUGGCAAUCAGGAGCCUUUCAAAGUCCGGCUGCACCUGGCCAAAGACAUUCUGAUGAUCCAGGAGCAGGAUGUGAUGUGUGUGUCUGGGGAGCCUUUCUAUUCCGGUGAAAGAACAGUGACUAUUAGAAGACAAACUGUAGGAGGAUUUGGAUUAAGCAUAAAGGGGGGAGCGGAACAUAACAUUCCAGUUGUCAUUUCAAAAAUCUCCAAGGAGCAAAGAGCAGAACUUUCGGGGCUGCUCUUCAUCGGGGAUGCGAUCCUACAGAUAAACGGAAUUAAUGUGAGAAAAUGCAGACAUGAAGAAGUGGUUCAAGUUCUUAGGAAUGCUGGAGAAGAAGUGACCCUAACAGUGUCUUUUUUAAAAAGAGCACCUGCUUUCCUCAAACUCCCACUGAAUGAAGAUUGUGCAUGUGCACCAAGCGACCAGAGUAGUGGCACCUCCUCUCCUCUGUGUGACAGUGGCUUACAUCUCAACUAUCAUCCCAAUAAUACAGACACCUUAUCAUGUUCUUCAUGGCCAACUUCUCCAGGCUUGAGAUGGGAAAAGCGAUGGUGUGACCUGAGACUGCUCCCUCUACUUCAUUCUCGCUUCUCUCAGUAUGUGCCCGGGACAGAUUUGAGUCGGCAGAAUGCUUUUCAAGUCAUUGCUGUGGACGGGGUCUGCAGUGGGAUCAUUCAGUGCCUCUCUGCUGACGACUGCAUCGACUGGCUGCAAGCAAUAGCAACUAAUAUUUCAAACCUCACAAAGCACAAUAUUAAAAAAAUCAACAGAAACUUUCCUGUUAACCAGCAGAUCGUCUACAUGGGUUGGUGUGAGGCCCGGGAGCAGGACCCCCUUCAGGACUCGGUGUACUCUCCAAUAUUUCUAGCCCUGAGGGGCUCAUGUCUUUACAAGUUUCUGGCACCUCCAGUGACAACAUGGGAUUGGACCCGAGCAGAGAAAACAUUUUCAGUUUAUGAGAUCAUGUGCAAGAUUCUCAAGGACAGUGACCUCCUGGACCAGCGCAGACACUGUUUCACUGUGCAGUCCGAGUCGGGGGAGGACCUCUACUUCUCGGUGGAGUUAGACUGUGACCUUGCCCAGUGGGAAAGAGCCUUCCAAACAGCAACGUUUCUGGAAGUGGAGCGGAUACAGUGCAAGACAUAUGCAUGUGUGCUAGAAAGUCAUCUGAUGGGACUUACCAUCGACUUUAGCACAGGAUUUAUCUGCUUUGAUGCUGCGACAAAGGCUGUACUUUGGAGGUAUAAGUUUUCUCAUCUUAAAGGCUCUUCAGAUGAUGGCAAGAGCAAAAUCAAAUUUUUGUUUCAGAAUCCAGAUACUAAACAGAUUGAAGCAAAGGAGCUGGAGUUUUCGAAUCUGUUUGCUGUUCUUCACUGCAUUCACUCCUUCUUUGCAGCCAAAGUGGCUUGCCUAGACCCUCUCUUCUUAGGCCAUCCAGCUACUGCCUCUGCGGCUGCCAGUUCUGCUACGAUGAGCAAAGCAAAGUACACGACUUGACCCCCUGAGCUUUGUGUUGCCACUUACCAUGACCGUAUACAUAGAGGAACAGCUUCGUCACUUUAGACCGUGGAGAGACAAUCACCU